AGCUUAGGCCAUCCAACUGUCAACAGCGAAAAUAGUACCCGCGCGACCGCGAAGGUUUGGGAAAGCCCCUCUGGUUCGAGGUUCUUCCUAGUAGUCGUGCGUCUUCGCGCCAACUUUUCGGAGCCGUCUGAUUCGGACGAUACGCGCAUUCUCGUGCGGUUGGAGAGGGUGGGGAGACCGUGGUGAAGAAGGAGUGCGGUGGUGGUGGGAGUGAGUGAAACAGAACGCAUCUGGGGGGACACGACGACUCGAGAAAGUGGGCAGUCGGCGGGUGCGAGAGUGAGAGCGACCGAAUCUGACGUUUGGCGGCUGCAAAGAAGAAGUUGUUAAUAUAUAACAAGUUGCAUCAUAGUCUUAAGACUUCAGUCUUAAGAAAGUGAACCGCCAAUAAACAUCUUUCGCAAAAAGUGGGCACAUCGCGACCGUUGAGACAACCACCGGAGGAUUCUACGCGCGAAUAGUAGUGACGUUCUUUUUUUGUGUUUCGGGUGAUUCGUGAGCGGGUCAAGGAUUUUUCCGGGAUUCCCGGGAUCGUUACCAGGACGCACCACAUUCCGAAGGAUUACGAUGGAUUAUUUCUACUUUUGGAUUUACAACAAGAAAACGUGAAAAUGUGGAAUUUCUGAAGAGCAAUGGAAGGUAGUGCAUGAGAUGGACUUUGGUUGUAGUUUGGAGCAAAAUUGAAGGACUGAGCAAAAAGGACUGAAGCAAACGAGUGGUGCAAUAGAACAAAAACAUAGUGCAAUUUAACAAUUCCUGAAAGUUUGUGUGCAAUCAUAAAAGUUUUACGGAUUUUAAAGGCGCAAUAGUUGGCAGCGAGAAGUGAAGGAAAAAUAUGGAAUCGCCGCAGAUGUACGAUACGAAUCAAAUUCAAGUGCGCAGUGAUAUUAAGAAACUUACGAUGGCAGCCAACAAUAUCAACGUGAACAACAACAAUGCAGCAACACCAAAUAACAACAACAAUUCGCCGACGGCGGUCAACCAGAAUACGUUGGCCCUGAAGCAGCAACAGCAGCAGCAGCAAGUUCAGCUGAACCAGCUCGCCGGGACGAACGGGAACAUCCUGACCAACGGGAACCUCCUGUCGAAGCAGAUGCUGCAGCAAAUUCAGUACUCGCAGAGCGAGCUGGACGAGUUGACGUCGCAGGAAAUCUCGCUGGACCUCCAGCAUCUGAUCGAUGAUCAGUUCCGCGAUCCGGAGGCCCUCGGGAUCUUCACCGAGAUGGUUACCGUGGGCAGUACCAACGGUAGCGUCACGAACCCACUGGUUCAGACAGCGGCUGCUAAAGCUCUCCAACUACAGCAGGCCCGACUGUCGCAGCACACCAACGGCAACAACUACCAACGAUCUCUGGCGUACAUGCCACAGCCGGUGCACACCGGAGCAACCUACGCGAACAACUCGAGCGACGAGAACAGUAGCGUCGGCUCGUCCGAUUCCGCCAACAUCAAGGAAGAACCCGUCGAGCCCAACGACUUCCGUCGCCAGUUGCCCAACAACAACGGAGCCCAGUUCAUGGGCACCACCGCCUACCAACUAACCGGAGGUGGCGGAGGCGGUGGUGGCGCACCCGUCGGAGCCGCCAACUACGUCACAAACGGCAACGGGAACACCUUCUCGAACCUGACCCCGGCGACGGUGCUACACCACCAGGCCCUGCCCCACCUCGCCGGGGCAGCCCACCUGGCCAACCUCACCAAACACGGCAAAAUGCUGAACCACGUGUCCCGAAAGUCCCAGUCCAAGUCCGUCGACAAGGGCACCGACGAGUACCGGAGGAGGCGCGAGCGCAACAACAUCGCCGUCCGCAAGUCCCGGGAAAAGGCCAAAGUGCGAUCGCGCGAGGUCGAGGAAAAGGUCAAAGCCCUGAUCAAGGAAAAGGACAACCUGGUACGGAAGAUCGAGGAGAAAAACAACGAAAUCCAGCUCUACAAGCAGCUCUACAUGCAUCUGAUGAACCACAGCAACCCGGAGAUCAACCAGAUCUGUCGCAGCGCGCUCAACCUGUCAAACAUGGGUGAUCAUAUGUAGGCUUAGGGAACAUCCAACCAAAACCCUCCUCUCUUCCCCACUUUUCCCCCUUCUUCUAAGAAUUGGUCUGUCUAGCUCGUAGUAAAUUAAACGCAAGAAACGCAUUAUUUAGACAAAACAAAAACACGCAAACGCGUCGGAAAAAAAACACAAACACACACACGAACCCUACCCAUUGUAAAUAAAGUGACCAAUGUUUGGACCCUAACCUUAGAAAACGGAGCAACCCUAGGAAAAGGAUUUGCGAAUCUAUGAUUUUCGUUUCGUUUUUUUGUUUGUUUGAUGAACGAUGAACCAAAGACAGUAUGUGUUAACGAGGGUGUGUGUGUAUGUGCGUGCACGUUUAGUGCUGCGUGAUGAGCCUCGUUGGUCUGUCGGAGUUGUGCAAAGUGACGUAAGUGACAAUUAGAACAGCCUAAACAAUUUAGCAACGCAUUCUGCUUUCUAUCUGCAAAAAACAGUUUAUCAUGCGAUUUGUAGCUGGGUUAAAAGUCUGAUCGCUCGAUGUUAAGCUAACAUAUUUCGCAGGGAAAGUGACAGCUCUUUGUUUUCAUCACACACUCUGAUGUGGAUUUGUUAAUUUUCGAGUGAAAUUAUAGUUUUUACACUGGGCUUAGGAAAGAUAGUAGCUCAUUCUUUGCAGCUUUAAUUUUUUCAAACUAUUUUUUAGUAGAAAGUUUUAAUUUUUUGUAGCUUUCAUUUGCAUGAAAAUGAGUAAUUUUCACACAAAUUAUAAUGCAUUACAGAGCGGAUUCGCUCAUUCGACUGGAAUUGCAUUCGAAGAAGCAAACCCUAAUUUGCUCGAAAGACUGACAGUUGUCAAAACCUUGAAUGAACCUUGGGAUGAAACGUUGACAUCAGUUUGACGUCUGUGAAAGACGUUUGAGUGCUUUUAAGUUAAAAUACGUUGGAAUCAGCGAAUCCACUCUGAAUUGACGCAUUUAUUUUUAUUUGCACAGAAAGCCCAAACUAACGAGUUUUAAAAACUCUUCACAAGUUUAGAAUUUCUCUGCAGAAGCAAUGGAAUCAUCCCACUGAUUUUUUUUCCCAAGAAUUCUGUCUAAAUCAUAAAAAAAUGUUUUCUCAACAGCAAAAUAUUGAGCCAAAGGUUCUGCGCAAUAUGGCUUUUAAGUUUCCAGAACUUGUUUUUUCUGCAAAGAGACUUUUCUUUCUGUUUUCGAAAGAAUUCCUCUUGAAACUCGCUAAGAGAGAAUUUUGAGAGAGAAUCUCCCAUCUCAUGCACGAAAUAUCGGUAAAAAAUAACUUCACAGCAUUUGCAGGUGAAACGUCACACGUCGAGAAAAGACUUGUUUCUUUCUGGUGAUGAACAAUGUUUGUAAAAUAUUGUAAAAAUUGUUAGCUGGUUGAUGUUUUUGAAGAUUCUGGAAAGAUUUUCUUAGCUUUGUCUCAUUUUCUAUCACUUUUGUGAGUGAGAGAAAUUCACUUGCAAAAAAAAAAAUGAUUAUUCCAUCUCUGGUGUAAGAAAAGAUUGACUUUUAAUUUGUUAAUGUAUUAGUGAGGUCAAUUUUUCUUCAGGAAUUCUCGAGAGUCAUUCAUUGAUCAUUUUUAUUUCUCAAAUAUCUCACGAAAGAGAGAAGAGAGAUGCGUUCUUUUGCAAAAAAUGUCUCUUUUAGUGAGGUUUCGGGGAAACUUUUUUUGACGAUAUUUUUGUCAAUACUGCUAAACAGACUUAAUUUAGAUGUGAGUUAAUAGUUCUCGCGAGUUUAUUGAAAAUGAAGCAAAGUGCAGCCAACUUUGAGUGAAUCAAUUUUUUUUUUAUUUUCAUAAAGUGCAAUUUUGAGGUUGUUUUUUUAUGUUUUUUAAAUGGUUUUGUUUGAGUGUUUAGAAAUACGUCACUUAGCAGAAUUUUAACAGAUUCAGGAGGCUCCAAUCCAGGUUACUGCGAUCGAAUCGUGAUUCGAAACUGAACUUCUUGUAAAUAUACUUAAAACACACAGAAAAAGCGCGCACGCACACACCUCAAAGAAAAACACAAUUAGGACAGCUUCGAUAAGACUUGUUUUUAUUAUUUUCGAUAUACCACCACCAACAUUUUUUAUAUAAUAUAUUUUAUUCGUUUUGUGAAUGUUGAAUAAAUGUUUAGAAAAAAAAACGGCUUAAAGCUAAGCGAACGUGUUAUGUUUGAUCGACGAAAAAGAAAUAUUUUCUUCUAGUUUUUUUUUCCUUUUGUUUUUCUGCUGCUUCUCUUUUCUUUUGUAUUCAAUCAACCAGAAUAGUUAACCCAAGGUCAGUCGUAACUUGCCUCAAAGUCGCUUCUCUCAUCGACAUUUUCGAUUUAUUUUGCAGUUAAGAGUUGCUCACCUGAUUUUUUAUUUCGGUUCCACACGUGAUUGCCUGAAACGAAGUUACCCCAAUCUCAGUCCGAUUAAGAUUACUUGUGGUACGGUGAAACUCCGUUGGUUUGACAAAUUUGUCAAACCAUUAAUUGUCAAACAACCUGGGUUUCACUGUACCACUUUUGCGUGUAAGUACCUAUUAAAUUGUGUAAAAAAUCUCAUUCUCUUUACCAGUAUAUCGUAGAGAAAUCAAAAAGACACUGAGUUUACAGGUGAGAAAUGUAAACCAGGCACUGUAUAAAUUAAAACGAAGAAAUAUAAUAUUCAAGCAGCACGCGGAUAUCGAUGCAAUAGUAAUUUUAACAAAAAAACUGGAACAACAGCCAAGUUUGUGUUGUGGAGAGUGCAACUUGUGACAUAAACCCAAAGCACUGGUUCUGUUUCCGUAACGAGAGCUGAAGAAAAUGAAUGAAACUAGACUAAUUUUUGCAUAUAGAGAAAGUGAUCUAGAAAUGUAG